AUGAUGGUGGAGGAUCUAGGUGUGGAGGCGAAGGAAGCGGCGGUGAGGGAGGUGGCCAAGCUUCUGCCGCUGCCGGAGCUUUUGCAGUCCAUCUCCUCAAUCAAAGCUGAUUACAUUUCCCGUCAGCAGUCUGUGACCAAUAUUGUAAUUUACUCUGUAUUUCUGGUGCAGGUUGAACAGGCACAAGCGGGCCUUGACUCACUUUCCUUGUCCCAGAAGACAAUAAGUGAACUGAGAGAGAAUUUUGUGGAGAUUGAGAAGUUAUGCCAAGAAUGCCAAACAUUGAUUGAGAAUCAUGAUAAAAUCAAACUCCUCAGUAAUGCUAGAAAUAACCUGAACACAACUCUGAAGGAUGUAGAGGGUAUGAUGUCAAUCUCUGUUGAGGCUGCUGAGGCACGUGAUUCCUUGAGUGAUGACAAGGAACUUAUAAACACCUAUGAGAGAUUAACUGCACUGGAUGGGAAGCGACGGUUUGCUUUAGCAGCUGCUUCAUCUCAUGAAGAAGAGGUUGGUCGAUUGAGUGAAUACUUUGAAGAUAUAGAUCGAACAUGGGAGACAUUUGAGAAGACGCUAUGGGGUCAUAUGUCGAACUUCUUCAAACUUGCUAAGGAAAGCCCGCAAACACUAGUUCGUGCACUGAGGGUUGUUGAGAUGCAAGAAAUCCUGGAUGAACAAUUGGCUACUGAAGCAGCUGAGGCUGAAGGAGGUGGUGAAAUGGAUUCUAUAGCAAAUCCUCGUAGAAAUGCCAAUUCAAUAGCAUCUUCUAGAAAUCUUACACAGCAAAAAUUGAAGGUUCGAGGCAAAGGCUACAAGGAUAAAUGUUAUGAGGAAAUAAGGAAGUCUGUCGAAGCACGGUUCAGCCGAUUGCUUAGUGAGCUUGUAUUUGAGGAUCUAAAAGGAGCUUUAGAGGAGGCUAAACAGAUAGGUGAAGAACUUGGAGAUAUUUAUGAUUAUGUUGCUCCCUGCUUCCCACCUAGAUAUGAAAUAUUCCAGCUUAUGGUGAACCUUUAUACUGAGAGAUUUAUUCAGUGGCUGAGACUACUCAGUGACAGGGCUAAUGAUCUGACUAAUAUAGAGAUAUUGAAGGUAGUAACUGGCUGGGUGGUCGAUUACCAAGAAAAUCUGAUCGGACUUGGAGUUGACGAGGCUCUGGCUCAAGUUUGUUCUGAGAGUGGUGCAAUGGAUCCUCUAAUGAAUGCUUAUGUUGAACGAAUGCAAGCCACAACAAGGAAAUGGUACUUGAAUAUACUAGAGGCUGAUAAGGUACAGCCACCAAAGAAAACGGAUGAUGGAAAACUGUACACGCCUGCUGCCGUGGAUUUGUUUCGCAUCCUUGGAGAGCAAGUACAGAUUGUACGAGAAAAUAGCACUGAUGUUAUGUUAUACAGAAUUGCUUUGGCCAUCAUUCAGGUAAUGAUUGAUUUUCAAGCAGCUGAAAGGCAGAAAUUGGAAGAACCUGCUUCUGAGAUUGGUCUAGAAGCUUUAUGUGCAAUGAUCAACAACAAUCUUCGGUGCUAUGAUCUUGCCAUGGAACUAAGUUCAAGCACACUUGAAGCCCUCCCUCAGAAUUAUGCUGAGCAGGUAAACUUUGAGGACACUUGCAAAGGGUUUCUGGAGGUUGCAAAGGAGACUGUUCAUCAAACAGUUUGUGUUAUUUUUGAAGAUCCAGGAGUCCAGGAGUUACUUGUAAAGCUGUACCAGAAAGAUUGGUUGGAAGGACAGGUGACUGAAUACUUAGUUGCGACAUUUGGUGACUACUUCACAGAUGUCAAAAUGUACAUAGAAGAAAGGUCAUUUCGGAGAUUUGUUGAGGCCUGUCUGGAAGAAACUAUUGUUGUCUAUGUUGAUCACCUCCUUGUCCAGAAAAAUUAUAUCAAAGAAGAGACUAUUGAAAGGAUGAAGCUAGAUGAAGAGGUCCUCAUGGACUUUUUCCGGGAAUAUAUCAGUGUUUCCAAAGUUGAAAAUCGAGUACGGGUACUCGGUGACUUGAGAGAACUUGCUUCCUCAGAAAGCCCAGAUUCUUUCACGCUCGUGUACACAAAUAUUCUCGAACAUCAACCAGAUUGUCCUCCAGAAGUUGUUGAAAAAAUUGUAGGCUUACGAGAAGGCAUACCAAGAAAAGAUGCUAAAGAGGUGGUUCAAGAGUGCAAAGAAAUAUAUGAAAAUUCUCUUGUUGAUGGCAAUCCUCCCAAGGCAGGAUUUGUUUUCCCUAAAGUGAAGUCCCUCACGGUCUCGAAAGGUCGCCUGUGGCGCAAACUCACUUAA